GGGAUGUGUCUCCGGUUGGAGUAGGAAAAACGCGUAGCCUACGGUCUGUUAUCCACUCGCCUGGGGCAAUCAACGUUCGCGUUUGCCACCACCGUUCCCCCAGGGCACGACGGAUAAAAAAGCGAACCACGGCGGUCAAUUGAUUGUUUACGAUAGUGCGCCCGCGUCGUUUCCGUUGCCGGACAGUGUCUUUGCAGUGGUUAGCGGAAUGUUCUAACGUUAGAAUUUUGCCGUCGCAGCGUAACUACACACGUCUUCGUCCGCGUGAGUUGGUGUGUUAUUGGUUCCGUCCCUGUCCGUAGUCGUCUUCCACCGUUUGGAGCUUUGUUGCGGUUGGGGGGUUAAGACGUCGUCGCAUCAUUCCAUCGGCAAACCGUCUGUGAGAGUGUGCGCGGCGUACAAAUUAGUGGCCGUGAUUAAUCAUCGUAUCGGUCGGAUCGAUUUCUGACACUUUAAGUAGCAGCAAUCCGCGGGUCUCAAGAAAGACAUCGAGUGUUGACCGUGCUUGUUGGUGUUACGCAAAAAAAAAGCAUCUUUAACCAUCACGCGUGAGCUAAUAAUGACCCAUCAAAUACCUUCGGUCCGCUCAACGUGCUGGUGCACCAGCAGUUCUUGACGGUCGGAGUGAGGCGGUGGAGAGGUGCAAAAGGCGUACGUCACAACUGAUUCGAAUCCGUGCGACCACCGGGAAAGCGGCAAGGGAAUCCGAGCUUGGUGAGGUGGGAAAUCCGCGUACGACUAGCCAGGAGGGAAACCGAGCCAAAUAAUAAUAUUAAAGCACGCGCGCGCGACGACAACAUACACACCAACAUCAGGCCCCGGCGUGCGCUUUGCAAUGGCCUGGUUCGGGAAGUGUUGUAUGUUGUUAAAAAUAAUAUCAUUCGUUUGGCUAACAACCACCACCCUCACGCCGGUCACCUGUCGCGCAACCACGAAUGGAGCCUUGAAUCUAGAUGAGCUAGACACUCUAGAAGGCGUCCAGUUUAACGUAACUGAUUAUGAUUAUCCUGCAGACACCGAACUCAGAGCGUUCAUAGCUAUGCGUCUUAGACUUCUCGAUGGUAAUCGCGCCAAGCGCCAAGUGGACCAAAAAUCCGACACAAACUUUCACGUCGCUCCCGGUAACAGCAUCGAGGUGGAUGGGUCGAGCAAGGACGGCUUGGGAAAGGUGGCAGCCGCCGUCGCCGCCCCUGUGCCAUCGGACGAAGAGCUCCGGAUCAACGGGUUCCGGGUGGAGGAAUCAGAGAAACAUUUGGAGACGGCCGAGGGUGGCGUACCGUCGGUGCACAGCUCUUCGUCGGUUUUGCUGCGUCUUUUCGGAACGGGUCUUACCCCGCGCACCGUCAUUAUCUUCACUCACGAGCCGCAGCGUUUCGGUGGCCCGUGCCAGGUGCCGGUGACGGAGAAGUUUCGCCUGAAACAUGCCGAUCCGGGAGGUAAGAGCGGCCUUGUGGAGGUCGAGCUGCCGGACGUCGUCAAGAACAAGAAGUACUUCUACCUUUGCGCCAAGUACGAGGACAGUGACCCGCUGUCGUCAUCGGAGCAGCUUGUGCAACAGCAACCGUUCUUGCAUCAAGGGGCAGAACCGUAUAUGCGCCUGACUAGCUACAAACCUUUCCUACCGCUGUGGAUCUCGUGUGUCAUCAUUAUCGUUUGUCUGACGUUUUCGGCCCUGUUCUCCGGCCUCAACCUAGGCCUAAUGUCUUUGGAUCGAACCGAUUUGAAGAUCCUUUGCAACACUGGUACCGAAAAGGAGAAACGCUACGCCAAAGCGAUUCAACCGGUGCGCGACCACGGCAACUACCUACUGUGCAGUAUUCUGCUCGGUAACGUGCUGGUCAAUUCUACCUUCACCAUUCUGCUGGACAGUCUCACCUCCGGGUUGAUCGCCAUCGUCUUUUCGACGAUCGCCAUUGUUAUUUUCGGUGAAAUUACACCCCAGGCAAUCUGCUCUCGGCAUGGUCUGGCCGUUGGCGCGAAGACGAUUAUCAUCACCAAAUGUGUGAUGGGCAUCACAUUUCCACUGUCUUAUCCCACAUCUAAGAUACUCGAUUGGCUUCUUGGGAAGGAGAUUGGCAACUUCUACGAUCGGGACCGCCUGAAGGAAUUGGUCAAGGUUACGAACGAUGUUAACGAUCUGGAUAAGGAUGAGGUUAACGUUAUUUCUGGUGUGCUGGAGCUGCGCAAGAAAACCGUCGCCGAAGUGAUGACACGUCUCGAGGACUGCUUCAUGCUCGAUCUAGAAACAACGCUGGAUUUCGAGACCAUUACCGAAAUCAUGAAGACAGGAUUUUCGCGCAUUCCGGUGUUCGAGGAGGAUCGCGACAACAUUGUAUCCAUCCUGCACAUCAAGGAUUUGGCGUUCGUCGAUCCGGAGGAAAACACUCCGCUGCGUCGCCUGUGCGAGUUCUACCGCAAUCCACUCUACUUCGUGUUCUACGAUCAGACGCUCGACGUAAUGUUCCGCGAGUUCAAGAGCGGCAAGAUUGGGCACAUGGCCUUCAUCCAGUCGGUGAACAGCGAGGGCGAAGGUGAUCCGUUCUAUGAAACGCUCGGUCUGAUCACGCUCGAGGACGUGAUCGAGGAGCUGAUCCAGGCGGAGAUCGUCGACGAGACGGACGUGUACACCGACAACCGACGCAAGGUGCGCCGGGAGCGCAUCAAGCGUCAGGACUUCACGCUGUUCGCACAGGAUCGCGACCCGAAUGCGCAGCGUUUGCGCAUCGCGCCCAAUCUGAAGCUCGCCACCUUCCAGUACCUAUCGACCGCUGUGCAACCGUUCAGAUCUGAUUGUAUCUCGGAGGCCGUGUUGCGUCGUCUGCUUACUCAAAACAUUGUCCAUCAGAUCAAGUUUAAGAAUGUGGACAAGAACGACCCGCGCUACAGUAUCAUUACGCGUGGCACACAGGUCGACUACUUCGUGCUGAUUUUGGAGGGUCGCGUAGAGGUUACCGUGGGCAAGGAGAAUCUCCUGUUUGAGAGCGGUCCGUUCACGUACUUUGGUAUACAGGCGUUGACACAGAAUUUGGGCUACGAGGUCGCAGUAGAAACACCGCAACAGGUGAUGGGAUCGCUACAGUCGCUCAACCGCGAUGCCCAGAUGCGCCACACCUUCAUCCCAGACUACACCGUCAAGGCGGUGACCGAUCUACUGUACAUUCAGAUUUCCCGCAACCUAUACCUAGCGGCAAAACGUGCUACGCUGAUGGAACGCUCGCAGAAGCUUGGUGACCAAUCGAUGGAUCCGAUCGAUGCCGAAGUGGAAAAGCUACUGAACUCGUUGGACGAUAACGAUCACAACAGCGUUACGCCCGACAUGACCAACUUGACCGUCCAUUCGGGUACGAAAGCUAGCAUAUCGUCCAGCAUCGCACCAUCACCAACGACGGCCUUAAACGAACAUUCUAACAAUGUAAACUCCUCCGUAAGCCGCAACCUUACAGUAUUAGCGCACGUCCACUCUGCUGCGUCCAGUGUCGCUGCUGUCACCGAGAAUAACAUAGCCCCAGCAUGCUCGUCGGGAGCUACAUCCGGUGGUGUCGGUGCCGGAGAAACCCGUACGGACUCUGAUCCGAGCAGCGCCCCGUUGCUGCCAAAGCCAUAACCCACGGUGUAUCUUGUCGUGCUGUCCUACCCGCCCACAUAUACCACCACCACCACCACAAGUACAUCCACCAACCGCAACCAUCUUCAUCUUCGUCACGAUGCGCUCCAUAGAUAGGAGACGUGUUGUUGUAUGUGUUUGUGUGCGACGAUAUCCUGCAGUCGACCGGCGACAUCCUACGGUGCUCCACUUGAAUGCUGACUGCGUAUUAUUAAUACUAUUAUUAAUACUACCGUUACUACUACCUUCCUUCUAUUCACCGGGUCAAAAGGAUCUUAAGUGUAGUGUUAUCGUCAGGGGUUUCGUGCGAAUUCGUAGAUAGUGUAGCGCUUCGUUUUAAUUCACCCUUCCGGUGUGCAUCGUAGCCGGUAGCAGGUAACUGAAAGUGGGGCGUUUGUUGUUGUUGUUGUUGUUGGAGGAAAAGCACCUACAACCUUUUGUGCUAUAGAGCGAGGUUUGUUUUUGACCACCAACCAACCGAGAUACGGUGCGUGAAGUGAAGUUCGGCAACUAUCGUUACAUACGAAAAUGGGACUCGACAAAUAGUAUCUUUCGUGAAAGCAAAUAAGUAGUAGCAUUCGAUAUCGAAGUUCAUUGGAAAAUCGAAGAAAUAUAUAUAACCUACAAUCCCCUAACACUAAGAUGUAGUUCCCAACCUGAGCGUACAAAGGAGAAUAAAAAAAAGAGAACGAACGGGAACUGCUGCUAUGCCACUUCUCAACGCACGUAUGCUACCAGGGUGGAUGUUCCUAGACUGUAUGUGUGUACCUCGGGUACCAUUUUCCUAGCCUCCGUGCAUGAUGUACUUAGCUGCACUUGCACCCUGUGCACGAAUCGGCGGUACACGUUGUUUCGUCCGAUGGCAAUCAAUCCCAAAUAUGAAACCAAAAAGGACGAUAUAGGUAACAUGUAAUUAAAAGAGGAAAAUAAAAGCAUAGGAUAAAGAUAGCCUAAUGGAAUUCGAACGAAGACAAAGGAGAACGAUCGCUCCAACCGAUCAACGCGAAAUGCGAAGCGUUCGCUUAGUUCCCUCCCUUACAAUAUCCUAGUUCCCUCUGCUCCGUUCUGGGACCCGAUUGGACCCGUUUGUUACUGUAUUCAUGUUGGUUUUUUGAGUCAUUUCUCAUUUUGUUUAGGAUGCAGAAUGAACGAUAGAUUAAUAGCAGACAAGGAUUUCGGGCAAGCGUGCAGUGAGUCUACAUCAGGAUUGGUGAUGCACCUGUUCGUGCACACGGCUAGGCGAAAUUCGCAUUUUGUAAAAAUCUAAAACGUAAGAGAAUAUAUUCGCAUAUA